AUGAGGUUUACUAACUUGAUCAUUGCAGCCAGUGCUGCAGGCCUGGCGCACGCUGCGGUGAGAGCUCAAGCAAAGAAGCGCAGCUCCGGGUUUACCUGGGUCGGUGCUAAUGAAUCCGGUGCUGAAUGGGGUACCAACAUCCCCGGAACCGAGGGCACUGACUACAUUUGGCCCAACACGACUGCCAUCGGCAUCCUGAGGGAUAAGGGCAUGAACAUCUUCCGUAUUCCUUUCCUCAUGGAGCGUCUCGUUCCCACCGAGAUGACCGGUACCAUUGACGCUACCUACCUUGCAUCUCUGAAAACCACCGUCGAGGCUGUUACUGAGAGUGGUGCCUACGCCGUCCUGGACCCCCACAACUACGGAAGAUACUACGGAGAUAUCAUCGAGUCUACCACCGAUUUUGCCGCUUGGUGGACCACCGUUGCCAACGAGUUCGUUGACAACGACCUGGUCAUCUUUGACACCAACAACGAGUACUACGGGAUGGAGGAGAGCUUGGUGGUCGAUCUGAACCAGGCCGCCAUCGACGCGAUCCGUGCUACCGGUGCGACGACGCAGUACAUCUUCGCCGAGGGCAACUCAUACACGGGUGCCUGGACCUGGACCGAGAUCAACGACGACAUGAAGAGCCUGAACGAUACGGAGGGCAAGCUGAUUUACGAGAUGCACCAGUACCUCGACUCGGACGGCUCCGGGACCUCAUCGACCUGCGUCAACUCGACCAUCGGCCAGAACCGUAUUGAGUCGGCUACUGCCUGGCUCAAGGCGAACGACAAGCUGGGCUUCAUCGGCGAGUUCGCCGGCGGUGUCAACGAUGUCUGCGAGGAGGCCGUCGAGGGCAUGCUCGCCUACAUGUACGAGAAUAGCGAUGUCUGGAUGGGCGCCGAAUGGUGGGCCGCUGGCCCCUGGUGGGGUUCUUCUUACAUCUACGGUCUCGAGCCUGAUGAUGGUGUCGCCUACCCGGUCUACAUGCCCAUCCUGGAGAAGUACUUCCCUGACAGCUCCACCACGGCCGCCACCACAUCUGCUGCCGCCGCCGCCGCCGCUGUUUCUACCACCAGCACUACUGCCGCUGAAGUUGCUGCCACCUCUGCCGCUGAUGUCGCUGCCACCACUGCUGCUGCUGCUCCCUCUGAUGUCUCCGCCGCCUCUGCCACCUCUGAGGCGUCCGUCCCCUCCGCUACCUCUAGCACUGAAGCUGUCGCCCCGCAGGUGACCUCCUCCAGCACUUCCACCCAACAGACUUCUGCCAGCGCCAUCGCUGUCUCGGUGCCGACCACCUUCGCCACCGUCCCGGCCGCCGCCGCGACGACCUCUGCCUCUGCCUCGGCCGCCUCGGCGACCGGUAGUGACUCCGGCGACGAUGACGAUGACUGCGGCGACGACGACGACGACGACGACGACAGCAGCAGCAGCAGCGAGGAAACGGUUGGCCACUACUACCAGUGCGGUGGGAUCGGAUGGACCGGUGCCACGGCCUGCGAGAGCCCGUACACCUGCACCGAGCAGAACGCGUAUUACUACCAGUGCAUCUAG